CUAAAAUCAAAAGGCAAAAUGGUGUCCUCCGCCGGCGUUAUCCUGCGAGCUUCCGGACUCGGCCGAUGGAGCCAACUGCCGGGCUCUCCAAAGCUGUGGUCUGGCGGCCGGGUCCCAUGGGCCCCUGCCCGGAAGACAGCGACCUGGAGCCUGGAGCCCGCGGGCCGCUGCAGCUGGGACGAGCCCGUUCGCAUCGCCGUGCGCGGCCUGGCCCCGCGACAGCCCGUCACGCUGCGCGCGUCCCUGCGCGACGAGAAGGGCACGCUCUUCCGGGCCCACGCGCGGUACCAAGCCGACGCCGGCGGCCUCCUGGACCUGGAGCGCGCGCCCGCGCUGGGCGGCAGCUUCACGGGGCUCGAGCCCAUGGGGCUGCUCUGGGCCCUGGAGCCCGAGAAACCCCUGGUGCGGUUGGUGAAGCGGGACGUGCAGACGCCCUUCGCCGUGGAGCUGGAGGUGCUCGACGGCCACGAGCCGGACGCCGGGCGCGUCCUGGGCCGGGCGGUGCACGAGCGCGACUUCCUGCGGCCGGGCGUGCGGCGGGAGCCGGUGCGCGCGGGCCGGGUGCGCGCCACGCUCUUCCUGCCCCCAGAACCGGGGCCCUUUCCUGGGAUUGUGGACAUUUAUGGAGUUGGAAGUGGCCUUCUGGAACAACGAGCUAGUCUGCUGGCUGGCAAGGGUUUUGCUGUGAUGGCUCUGGCUUAUCAUAACUAUGAAGACCUCCCCAAAGGCCUAGAGAUCCUCCACCUGGACUACUUUGAAGAAGCUGUGAACUACCUGCUGGAUCACCCUCAGGUAAAGGGUCCGGGAGUCGGGCUGCUUGGCAGUUCCAAAGGAGGUGAACUCUGCCUGUCCAUGGCCUCCUUCCUGAAGGGUAUCACCGCUGCCGUCAUAAUCAAUGGCUCCGUGGCCGUUGUCGGGGGAGCCUUACACUACAAAGAUGAGACCUUGCCCCCUCUGGCCGUAGACCCAAGUCGAGUGAGGCUGACCAAAGACGGUUUGGCAGACAUUUUGCAUGUCCUGAACAGCCCUUUGGAAGGAGCUGACCAGAAGAGUUUCAUUCCCGUGGAAAGGGCAGAGAGUGCCUUCCUGUUCCUUGUAGGUCAGGAUGACCACAAUUGGAAGAGUGAAUUCUUUGCUAAUGAGGCCUCUAAGUGCUUACAGGCCCACGGUAGGGAGAAGCCCCAGAUCAUCUGUUACCCUGGGACAGGGCACUACAUUGAGCCUCCUUACUUCCCCAUGUGCCGGGCUUCCCUACACAUCAUGGUGGGUGGUCCUGUCAUCUGGGGAGGGGAGCCCAGGGCUCAUGCCAUGGCCCAGGUGGAUGCUUGGAAGCAGCUCCAGACUUUCUUCCACAAACACUUGGUGGAGAAAAGUUAGGGGGACUCUCCUGAAAAUAUAACCCACUAUUUGAAGUUUAGGAGGGUGAGACUAAUAAAUGCUAAGCAGCAACAAUUAAAGACAGUUCACCUGCUGUAUUAACACUUUUGGGUUUUUAUUCCUUUCUUUUUAUUUAUUUAUUUACUUUUAUUAAAGAUUUUUAUUUAUUUGACAGAGAGAG